AUGAUUCCAUCGUCUCGCGCAAGUCCAAUUUUGAACCCUUGGCAAGGCAACAAGAUUGGCAUAUUCUUUUCCUCAGCCCACUAUCAACCGAUCGGACAACGACGUCAUGCUAUUAGCGAUAGAGCGUACACAGAACUUCUGUCCGUUUUAUGGCCAACGAAUAAUGGCGAAACCUUCACGGAGAACUUUGUAUCCGAUCCGUGGAACAGCCUACAGAACCCCCAGAUCGACCUAUUCAAUUGGCCUUUUCAGGUCAACAACCAUAUUGAAGGUCUUUCUACGGCGUCGAACUCGGGUAACACAGUCAAUAACGCCGUCCUGGAUCAGGGCUUCGACGUCUUUGGGAACGGUCCUCUCUUCCAGAACACGAUACUCUUUGAUGGAAGUGCGAACCCCAGCCCGAGUAAUGCUGCGCCCCAUCUGAUACCUGCGCCUAUACAAACAGCUUAUGUCACUCCCCCUUUAACCCAAAGGGAACCGAAGGCCUGCAUCCGCUGCUGGAAAUUGAAAAAAGCGGUAUAA